CACAUUCCUCUAUACAACUGGACGAGUCAACUUUACCUGAUAAUGCAGCAUUAUUAUUGGCAUAUGUUCAUUUUAUUAUGAAUCAAGAAAUCUACGAAGAACUGCUCUUCGCAAGAACAUUGAUAACCGACACUAAAGGUGAAUCAAUAUUUCAUGUUUUGAAGGAUUACUUCAUUGAAAAAGCAAUUCCUUUAUCAAAUAUAAUAUCAGUAGCUACAGAUGGAGCACCUGCCAUGGUUGGACGUUAUCGUGGAUUUAUAAGCUAUUUAAAACAAAAUGUGUCAGGGGUGUUAGCAAUACAUUGCGUCAUCCAUCGCCAACAUUUAGUUGCUAAGAAUUUGAGUGUUAGAUUGCAUGAAACACUUCAUUUAGUCAUUGAUGCAGUAAACCGAAUCCGAAGCAACGCGUUGAAUACGCGGUUAUUUGAGCAGUUGUGUGAAGAAAAUGACGAACACUUUCAUCAAUUACUCCUUCACACUGAAGUACGCUGGCUGUCGAAAGGCUUAUGUUUGACAAGAUUUUUUGCACUUUUUGAGACUAUUUCAGAAUUUCUGGAUACUAAAGAUAAAACUUUAAAAGAAAAUUUAGUGAAGAGGAAAACAGAUUUGUUUACAACCUUUAAUAUGGUUAUAUUUGCAAUUACAAGGCGACAGUUUAAAUUUGAUUAAAACAUCCAUCUUAUCAGCGUUUCUUGCCAGAGUUAAACUAAUUAAGCAAAAUAUUGGACGGGGCGAAUCUUCUCAGUUC